CUGCCGCGGGAGCCCCGCCCGGCCGGCGCCGCGCAGGAGGAGCCGCGCAGGACCGGGAGCCGCUGCCGGAACAGGCGCGCUGGGGCCAUGGAGGAGUUUCACCCCCACAACGACGAGAUGAUCUUCAAUGCUGAUGAAGCCCACAACAUAGUUAAGGAGUGCAUAGAAAGUGUUUUAGGCAAGGCAGACUAUAAUCACAACAAAGUCAACCAGUGGACUGCUGCAAUAGUAGAACAGUCACUGACGCAUCUGGUAAAACUCGGAAAAACGUAUAAGUACAUUGUAACCUGUGCAGUGAUGCAGAGGAGUGGAGCUGGUCUUCAUACAGCAAGCUCAUGCUUCUGGGAUACCACAACUGAUGGAACCUGCACAGUGAGAUGGGAAAACCGAACAAUGAACUGCAUUGUCAAUGUGUUUGCUGUUGCUAUUAUCCUGUAGUUGACUGGAAGAUAAAUAUAAGCAACACCGAAGCCUUUAAAAAAUGAAAAAUCAUCCAAACACAUGGCUAGAUACUUUAAACCAGUAUUUGUUUUUGUAUGAGGAGCAUACAGAAGUUCUCUACAGAGAGCAUACAGUCUAAGUCAGUUCUCAUAGAUUAAUUAUCAGAAAGCUAGCAAAAAAUUUAAAAUAUGUAUCUACCUAAAAGAGAAGGUUGUAGUAAUUUAAAUAUUCAUAAGUAUGUUAAUGAGAAGAUGCCACAAAGAUCAAUACAAUUCAUAUCAAAGCUAAUAUCAAAGGUACUUUAUUCAAGAGGAAUAAACCACAUGAAAUCAAAGUAAAGGUCAAAGGGCAAGCAAGACCUCUCAGGAUUAUGGUGCAUUUCGGAGAAAAUUAUGAACACGAUUCAGUGUGGAUACACUGUAAACAAUACUAGCUUUUCAUGUUCGAUUAAACAAAGGUAACUAUUGCAUUGAAUGCUGGUGCUUGUGAAAUUGCAUGAGCAUCAUGUUUCAGUCAAGCAUGAAUAUUUACAUAGAAAUUAAAUCCAGUUAAGCCUUUCCCCUGGAGGCAGAGGAUGACUUCUCUGGGGCAAAGGUGAAAUGUACAUACUCCUAGCAGAAUUUUAAUUUAUCUUCAGAAUGAAGAAUGUAUUAUUUAUUACUGAUUCAGGGAAACAUGCUGAGGAUCAGGCAUCAGCCCUUUAAUUCAUAGUUUACAAAUCUGAAAACAUUCUGAAGGUACUUACAUUUGAUUUUAUUCUCUGACUGCGGAAUUUGUGAUAAGCACUUUAUUGAUUCCUCAAGCAGUAACCAGGAGCUAGGGCAGCAAGACUGGACCCCCAUUACUCCAAGUAGGAUUAAAGUGUUCAGAGAGAAGGCACACACAUUUCUAGAGGCUCUUGUUAGCUUUCUUUUAAGCUUAUCUUAAAACAAUGUAUCUGUUCUUUGUAGGAGUGUUUCCUAAGUUCUAUGAGUCUAGAAUUGGAUCUUAUUCCUACGAAAUACUACAGUUAAGUUUUAAGCACUACAAAUUCCUCUCCUGUAAAAAUUCAUGAAAGUUCUUAACUUUGCUCAUCUGAUGAGUGAGUCUUAACUUGAAGUAUUCCACGUGGAAGAAAAGCAUUUGCACACUUGCAAGUAUUUGCUGGAUUGGGGCCUACAUUUUUGUUGAUUAAUGCACAAAUUAUAUGAUAAAGAAAUGUAUCAAUACCACAAAUGCCUAAAUAAUUGUUGCCACUAAGUGGCAGCUACAUUAUGUUAUUUUCUCAUAUAGACUUUUUUUUUUUUCUUUAUUACUGCAUGGGUUUGGAGAGACUGAUAACUACCUAACAGCUAUGGUAAGGCUGGUUUGGAUUUAAUGAAAUUAGUAUUAAAGCACGAUUAUGCAGUUUUCUUUGGGUGGGUUUUUUUUUUUUUCAGAUGACUGAUUAUUAGGGCACAUAGCAAGUGUCCUGUACAAAGAACAAGCUAAAAAACCAUUUCAGUGCUCACAUGGUAUAUGCAUAUCGCUAGUAUGAGACUACAGAAGGAACAUGUGUAUGUGUAAUUCACAGUACUGUUCAAUUGCUUUACAGACAAAUAAGAGUCCUGCUUUUACCUAAGUGCAAGUAAAAUUAAUACUGUAAUAUUGCAUUUGCCUAACAGGCAAGUGUAGCGUGAAGAUGUAUGUGUAUGUUGUACUGACAGCAAUUUGUGAACUAGGUGCCAGCAUCCAGAGCCACGUUGUGGAACUGACAAAAAUGCAUAGCUUCACUGAUAUUUGGGCUUGCAUAAAGUGAAAAAAUAAGUGGAGUAGCAAUUGGAAAAAGGUUCGAUCCAAUUGAUAGAGCAUAAGUAGUGGAUGAAUAAAAGCAGCAGUGGCUGUUAUCCCCCUUAUUGGGCAUCUGGAUGCCAUGGUCAGAAGAACUUUUCCAAGCAGCCAUUUGUAAUAUCAUUUGGUAUUUUUGCUUUACUUGAAGACAAGAUGCACUGAGUAAGACUCUCAGUUUAAUGAGGCUUGGUGAAGGUUCUGCUGCAGAAAAAACCUAGGAAACACUGCUUAAUUAUAAGACUGCUUCAUUUUUCUUGCUACCAAAAAAAAAAUAAAGUUUUGCCUU